AUUUGGAUCCCAGACAAUCCUUCUCCUUUGCUGGAAAAGGACCUGAAAUAGCUGUAAAGCCUGCUGGCCAGUUCUUUUAUAUGUAUUAAAAUAAUAAUAAAUACAUAUCAUUUUUUUGGGGCGGGGUGAUAAGUUUUCAGUUGUUGUGCUCUAGGUUACGAGAAGCUGGGUGGUCAGCAUGGAUGGACAGCCUGGGAUUUCAAACAAAGUCUUGUCUUUUGCAGCUGCUGUAUGGAAUGGAUUACAAACUUCUUUUUAAAUUUGAUUUCUCCACCACUUUGGUUUUUAUAUUUGUUCUUGUUCUUUAAUUCUUAAUUAAAAGAAUACAUAUAUAAAUAUAUAUAUAUUUUUGGAGGACAGUGUGGAAAGGCAGAAUGGCGCUCAUGACGGUGAAGUUCGAUUUGAAGAAGAGGGUGACUCUUGCCCAGACACUAUGGCUGAUGAACUGGUUCUCUGUGAUGGCCGGGGUCCUGGUCUUCAGCCUGGGACUGGUUCUCAAAGUGGAGCUGCGCAAACGGAGCGAGAUGAUGGACAAUGCCGAGAGCCACUUCGUCCCCAACUCCCUGAUCUGCGUGGGGAUCUUGGCCUGCGCCCUGAACGCUUUCGGGGGCAAGAUCUGCUAUGACUCCCUGGACCCGGCCAAGUACAGCAAGUGGAAGCCGUUCCUGAAGCCCUUCCUGGCCACCUGCUUCAUCUUCAACAUCCUGCUGUUCCUCACGGCUGGGCUGUGCUUCACCAUGCGGCUGGCCCUGGAGAGCACGCUGAUGCACGGGCUGAAGAGCGGCAUGCGCUACUACAAGGACACAGACACGCCCGGCCGCUGCUACAUGAAGACCACCCUGGACAUGAUGCAGAUCGAGUUCCGCUGCUGCGGGAAUAAUAACUACAAGGACUGGUUUGAGAUCCAGUGGAUCAGCAACCGUUACCUGGACUUCAGCUCCAAGGAGGUCAAAGACCGCAUUAAGAGUAACGUGGAUGGGAAGUAUCUGAUGGACGGGGUCCCCUUCAGCUGCUGUAACCCCAGCUCCCCCCGGCCCUGUAUCCAGUACCAGAUCACCAACAACUCUGCCCACUACAGUUAUGACCACCACAGCGAGGAGCUGAACAUCUGGACUCGGGGCUGUCGAGAGGCGCUGCUCAGCUACUACAGCGGCAUGCUGAACUCCAUCGGCAUCCUGGUGCUGCUCGUCCUGCUCCUGGAGGGGGCAGUGAUGGUGGGGCUGCGGUACCUGCACACCUCCCUGGAGAGCCUGUCGAACCCGGAGGACCCAGAGAGCGAGAGUGAAGGCUGGUUGCUGGAGAAGAGCGUGAAGGAGACAGUGAGCUCAUUCCUCCAGGGCCUCAAGUCCAUGGGUAAGUCGAACCAGGUGGACAGCGACGCGGAGGCCGGGGGAGUGGAGGCACAGACCGUCGCCACUGUCAGCUGAGGAGUGACAGCCUGGGGGACCAAUCCCUUAUCAGAGAGCGGGAGGGAAGCAAGACAACCAGGAAACUAAUUGCACACAAAAGUGAACAAGUAUUUUACACCAUGUAGAAUGUGAGCCCACAUGAAUAUAUUUAUAUAUAUGCCUGUAUAAAAUAUAAAUGCAAAAAGCAUGACUUGUUGCCAACCAGAGACCUGUGUAUAUUGUAAAUCUGGUUCUUCUAAUCCAUUCCACUGUAAUUGAAUAGACUGUAAUCCCCCCAUGGCCACUCACUCAUUAAUAUAAAUUCUCAGCCCGUCCCCGGUAUAUAAAACAGUUCUGCUUUAAAGUUAGAAGGUUUGCUUUGCAAUGUGAAAUACCCUCAGUCAGAGGACAGGAACAACACAAAUAACUAAAUAAACCCGUCCUUUCAUGAAA